UGUCACCUGGUGGGGAAAUGUUGCAGCGUCGUGGAUCAUUACGGCGUUGUGAAAUCUUACAAGGAUCUCUCUGCAAUGUCAAUAAUCCACCGGAUUAUCCUCUGUUUCUCUGGGAGCUACAGUUCAGCUCAGUGAACGGUGAAACCGCAGGGAGCACUUCACUGCAAAGAGGAAAUCAAGUCUGAGGGAUCAGACCGAUGGAGUCUUUCUCGGGAGACACAGAGGAAAGCACAGAGGACGUCGCAGGACGUAAAAGAUCCAAGAUCAAGGAUCUGAAAACUCGUCUAUUUGGGAGAAGUAAGAGAGCAGGCGGAGAAGGAAAUGCCAAACUCAGCCAGUCAGCCAGUGACAUCACCGCAGGAAAAGAUCUCGGAUCAGAAGAAGAUUUGGUAUGCGCACAGGGCAUUAUGGGAUCGCGGGCGCUGUCCCACGACAGCAUCUUUCUGGAUGACCUGGUCAUGACAGACCCUGAACCCACCAGGGUCUUAUCUCAGGAGAACGUUCACGGCAAAAUCAAAGCUCUGCAGAUGAAGCUUCAGCAGCAGAAAAUGCAUUUGGGCCCACCUCCUAUGGUUCUGCCAGUGAGACGUCCAGCGGAUCUGAGCAGCCAGGAGUCACUUCCUCACAGUCCUCCUCAUGAUUCAGGAGAAGACAAUGAAUCUCAGGAAACCCUUACAAAGGCGAUAUCUCAGCCAACAUCUCGCACUCUCUCACCCAUCCCCAAACCUGCACCUGUCAAAUCUCUUCCCUCGACUCCAUCCCAUGCUUUUCCUCUUUCCAUCCCCUCUGUUUCUCCUUCUGCUGCCGAGGUCCCAUCGGAUUUUAGCAAACCGGCUCGGUUCACUUCCCGCUUAGACACUUCUGCUGCACGCCACCGAAUGUCUAUCAAACCCAAAAACCAGAGGGCCGGCACUAAGAUGAAAGCUGCCGCGACUGUCUCUCAGUCUCAUUUAGACACCGUGAACAACAUUGACCGACCCGAGCCUGUCAAAGAACUAAAACAUCUUGGUGCUCAAGAAGAAGUAACAGUGAAAACAAAAGAAGAAGAAGAAAAAGAAGGGGAAGAAGAAGAAAAAGUUGGCGUUCCCGUUGUACAUCAGCGUCUUCCUUCAAAAUGUGCAGAAGUGGCACAGGUCACAUCAGAGGCGGUACCCAAACCAUCGAGUCAAAGUUUCUCCAAACAGGACCACGCUCUUCCUGAGACUAUAGCCUCCCAAGUACCUCGAGCUAAACCUCGCAGACGUGUGGGUUCAGCAUCUGGUGAACGUCCACACUCAUCCUUCAUAGAGUCAGGACUGAAGGAACAAAGACAAGAGGAUAUAGAGAAGCGACUAAUGCCUCAUGAUGAUAAUGCCUCAGGAAUGGCAUUCAGGUCUUCCUCUGCUAGCCAGGAGGUUCAAGGUGAUGGCGAGACCACAAGAGGAAUUAAACGAUAUGCCCAAGGAUCUGGCUCUUUCCACUUUUCUGUCACUGCAUCGAGAAACCGAGAUGGAGAAAGACCCCGAUCGGGCAGUUUUUUGGGAGUUUUGGAACGGGCUGAAGCCAGGAACAGGAUCACUAGGGAAAUGGAGGAGAAAAACAAGGAAGAGGAGGAACUUAAAGAGCCAAGAGAGCGUCCUUUUGCUUUAGGAAGGUUUCGUCAAGAAGGCGCACAACCUAAAACCUCAGCUGUUCCCUGGGACAGGAGUGACAGCUUCAAAAAGGUGGAAUCAGUGACAGCGUCCAAAGAUGCACCUGCAGACACAGGCGCUGCUGAGGCGGAGGAGAUCGAGAGCAGCCAGGAAGAGGUGGAAGAGGCGGUGGAAGCAAAAGAGCCCCAGGAGGAACAAGGAAAAACAGCUUUCGGUGUCAAACUGCGCUCCACAUCUCAUUCACUUCGAUUUCGGCUUGAUACAUCUUCUAACAGGCAUUCAAAGUCAGCACUGGGUGAGGACCAAGGUGACCAAAAAUACCAGGAAAUAAGUGAAAAAAAGCUGCAAGCAAAUACGUCUUGGACGCCAUCCUCCUCUGGAGAGCUCAGACCAGCUGAUCAAACCCCAUCUGGCUUCUCUCAUCCAGUCAAACAUAAUGCUCCAUUUACCAGCGAAACUUCUGACGUUCAGACGACGCCUGCAAACCCCAAAGAAACAGAAGCUACACCCCGGGAGCCUCAACCUGCCCCGCAGAGGGCCUCAUCUGAGGUAUCUUGGAUGGCUCUGGCCAUGGAAAAAACCAAGAGCCUCCAACAGCUUUUCAUUAGUAGAUUCCCCAGAGAAUUUGCAGGAAAUUUACAGGCAAACAUGCAAUCUGCAGCUCGACCGCAGGCACAAGCGCAGCCCACAAAUCCAACAGAGACUUUUACACAAGUACGGACACAGACGGUGCAAGCUGCAAAGCAGCCAUCUGCAGAAACCAAUCAAAGUGGAAGCCAAGCACAGACUGUCAAAACAUCACCAGUAUUUCUGCAACAGAGGGCAUCUCCUGCGUCGUCCAAUGCCUCCAGAGAUCCACAAAUGUCAAAACACACCAGUGAAGACCAGACGAACACAACAAAGUUUGCCUCACAUUCAGUGGUAACCACCAAUCCGUGGACAACCCAUUCUCCUUUGCGCUCCCCUUCACAAACAGACACCUCGUUUCAGUUUGCACAAGGCAGCGCCACACAGUCUCUUGCGCAGUCUUACCUUUCCUCAGGCCAGCAGCAAUCCUCCUGGAGCAAUCGAGGUCUCCAGUCUGCCCAGCAGCUCAAGCCCACACCUUCGGCGCAGACUUCAGCCCCUGCAGCCUCGUCAGCUGUUGGUUCUGCUUCAGCUUUUGCCUCAGGAAGAGGGGAGAGAGAAGCCAGUGAGCAAAAAGAGGCUCCUCCACUCACAAGUCGAAGAGCAUUUUGGUCUGGUUCUGUAAGCGAGAAGGCUGCUUUUUUAGAGAGACGGGGAGAGUGGACCACACCACCUGGACCCAAGGGGGUGGAAUUGAAGAAAACUCAUACAGACAUGCAGGGAUCAGGUGAAUCCCCUACCUUGGCAAAAACCGCACCUUUGAUCAAAGAUACAGACGAAAGACAAGCAGUAAACCUUGCAGAGUUAAGCCCCACCAAAGUUGCAGACAGAUCGCGUGAGGACAGAUGGUCACGGAAAAAUGCAGCGUCUUCUUCAUCACCGUCAUCAUCACCCACACUGCCGUCGGUGCUGCAAUCCAUGUCUGACAGCGGUCAGCCGUCCUGGAUGGAAUUGGCCAAGAGGAAGUCAAUGGCCUGGAGUGAUAAGACCAUGGACUAAGAAGGACACGAGUCUAUGAAGAGCCCGUCAUAAAGACUAAAACCGCCUUUGCCAUGGUUAAAGUGUAGGCUGUGUGGUGAGGCUGUCAGACAGCCGGUUGUUUGAUGCCGUUUUUAUUUGGAUUUAAGUGUUAAUGUUUAAUAGGAUUAGGGCCACUGGAAAACAAUAAAAAGUGGGCACGUCUUUUUUUCUUCUUUUCCAGAAUUCUGAGAAAAAAGUAGUCAGAAUUUUCAGAUUGAAGCCAGAAUUCUGAGACAAAAGUCAGAAUUCUGAGAUUAAAGUAACAAUUCUGAGGUAAAAGAAUUCUAAGAAAAAAGUCAGAAUUGUUACUUUAAUCUCAGAAUUCUGACUUUUUUCUCAGAAUUGUAAGAUUAAAGUCAAAAUUCUGAGGUAAAAGAAUUCUGAGAAAAAAGUCAGAAUUUUGACUUUAAUCUUACAAUUCUGAGAAAAAAGUCAGGAUUCUGAGAUUAAAGUCAGAUUUCUGAGAGUAAAGUAACAAUUCUGAGGUAAAAGAAUUUUGAGAAAAAAGUCAGAAUUUUGACUUUAAUCUUACAAUUCUGAGAAAAAAGAAUUUUCAGGUUGAAGCCAGAAUUCUGAGAGUAAAGUAACAAUUCUGAGGAAAAAGAAUUUUGAGAAAAAAAUCAGAAUUCUGAUUUUAAAAAAAGUCAGAAUACUGAGAUUAAAUUCAGAAUUCUGAGGAAAAAGAAAAAGAUGUGCCCACUUUUUUUUUCGGUGGCCCUAAUCCUCUUCUGUAUUUAAUUGAGAGGGAGGGAAGCAGAAUAUCUUCUGAAAGUUCAUCAUGAUUGCUGUUAUUCAGUUAAGGACGAAUGUUUCAUGUGAUUGAGCAUUUCACUGCUGUUAAAACUUUAUGUUAAAUAAUAAAUUUGUAAGGACGAGUUUGUUGUUGUCAUUGAAUGACUUAAACUUCAAGUAAAAUGAAAUGGCCAAAUUACAUCGCUGUAUAGAGUCAUUCACUU